AUGACAAAGUCUAUUCCAACAAAGCAAUCCGCCGAUCGUGCUGAAUUCUUAUACCAUGCCAGCCAUUUACUCUUUGCAACAUGUCCCCAGCUAUCACGCUUCUACAUGAGUGAAUUCCAGCAAAGUCUACGUCAACAAGAGACCAAAGCAGCCAAAGCCAUUGCACGUCAAAUGUGUGCUCGAUGUGGUCAGAUCUUUGUAUCGGGAUUGAACGCAAGCGUAGUGUUGAAAACAACCAAACGAUAUCGACAUGGUAUCCAAAAGAGCAAUCGACACCGUAACCAGCUUGUCUAUAAAUGUAAUGCAUGUCAACAUGAAAAAUGGCUGCAAGGUUCAGCGCGAGAUAUACCAAAAGCAUCAUUGUUAUCGGAUGAUACAAAGCAAGCAGCAUCCAUUGUUCAUGCAUCCCCAGCAGCAGCAGCAGCAGCAGCAACGACGACCACGACGACGAGUAACAAGAAACCACAGCAACAACAACAACAAAAGCAACCUGCAGCACCCUCACCCCCAGCAACGGGAAAGAAGAAAAAGAACAAAAAGAACAAUCUUCAAGCAUUGAUCGCUAGCCGUAAACAGAAUGAAACCAAAUCAUCGUCUGGAUUUGGGUUAGAUGAUUUUUUAUCUUCAUUGUAA